AUGCAAGAACGUGCCGACAUAGCCGUAGCUGCUGUUAUGAAGGGUGGAGCGGAGGCGGUCAUGGAGGCUGAAGCCCGUUUGAAAGCGCUCCAGGGCGAUCUUGAGACGGAGACCCGCCGCGCUACAGAAGCAGCGAAGUCCCUCGCCCGUGCUGAUCGACGAGUCAAUGAAGACAAGAAGAAUUACGAUAAGCUGCAAGAGCUCGUAGAAAAGCUCUCUGGUAAAUUAAAGAUGCAAAAGAAGCAACUCGAGGAGGCGGAAAAGCAGGUCAACCAGCAACUCGCCAAAUACCGUACUGUACAAAUGGCAUUGGAGACGGCUGAAGAACGUGCGGACAGUGCCGAGCAGUGCCUCGUACGAAUUCGAUCCCGUGCACGAGCUAUUACCGAACAGAAAUAG